AUGGUGAAGUAUUUGCCGGUCAAUUACCGCUGCGACGCAACAGUGGUCGAGUGUACGCCAAUAAUUCCUACGGUUCUGCCUGGCAACACUUCGGAGACCCUGGAAGAGAGCAAGUAUCUGCCAAGACCCAACGUAGGCAAGUUCUGGGCUGCACCGUACCACUCGCAGGCUCCUCCCGGGGACGAAUUCCCCCCCACCAUGCUGGAGUUCCCAUUCAGCUGCGGCCGCGACAUCCGCUUCGUCCCUCGCGAGGGUACCACGGACACAUGCCUGGUCUACACCUCCGGGUUCUUCUCACCGAGCACUGUGGACAAACCUAGACCUGCAGCCUGGGCCUUCAUCUACGGUCCCGCCGCCCUCACUGGUCUUUCGACCCAACAGUUUAUCCCCGAAGCUCUGCGCACCAUCAGCGGCCCCGUCGAAGAGAAGGGCCCGUUCGGUCAGCUGGCGCCGCCAACAGUUGUUCGAGCCCAUCUGCGCGCCAUCCUCGCCGCUCUCCGCUAUCGUUCCUGGCAAGGGGAUGGCUUCAAGACCCUUGUCAUCGCGACACACUCCCACACCGUCGUCGAGGGGCUUACAUGGCAUGCCGAGAAAAUGACGAGAGACGGCUUCCAAAUCGGUCCGGGGACUUUGAUGGAGGACGCUGACAUGUGGAUGGCUACUCUGGGUGAAAUUGAAUAUAGCAUUUCGCAAGGCUUGGGAGUUAAGCUUUGGUGUGUGCGCAACAGUUUGAAUCGCGCUGCAGUGACGGCGGCCGAGAGGAGGAGCGCAUCUUCUGUUGGCAUUGAGAACUAUAGAGACUACGUCGGAGUCAACGCGAUCGCCAUCCAGUGCGCCUAUAGAUAG